AUGGACGCCAGUGCCGCAGACCAGCUGCUGGACCAGUACCUGAAGGCGAACCGCCUGGCCGCGGCUGCGGCCGCCGCCGCCUCAGCCAACUCCUCUUCAGUGCAGAUGGACGCCUCCACCGGUGGGCACCUGAUUCGAACGGGCAGUCCGAACAUCAUCUGCACGCAGUUGCCCUCCCACUGGCGUUCUAACAAGACACUGCCCAGCACUUUUAAGGUCAUAGUGCUUGGCGGGGCGGAGGUGAAGGAUGGCACGGUGGUGGAGAUCAAGGCGGGAAAUGAGGAGAACUGUUGUGGCGAGAUUCGAAAUGGAAAGGCGCUCACGAAGAAUGGCAUCGCCAAGUUUCAUGAUUUGCGCUUUGUGGGGCGAUCGGGUAGAGGCAAGAGCUUCUCACUGACGAUAAUCGUUCGCAGCAGUCCACCACUAAUUGGUACCUACAACCGAGCGAUCAAAGUAACGGUCGAUGGGCCACGUGAGCCUCGCAAUAAGGCCCUCUCGGGCAGUCCUCCUG